AUGAUGAUAACGAUGAUGGUGAUGAUUGGAGAAAAACAAAUGAAAAGUAUUUAUGUCCUAAAGUGUAUCAAAGAAAUCAUUCUCCCUGAACGGCCUACGUGGACUCAACACAUCACCGGAGGACCGAAGCGAGCGAAUCAUGCUGCGGUUUAUUAUAAGAAGAAAAUCUUCAUUUUCGGAGGCUAUCGGCACAUUCUGAAUAACUAUCGCCUGCGACCGAUGGACGUCUUCGUAUUCAACACGGAAACUCUCAGAUGGACGACGAACAAAGUCUCUCAAACGUACCUUCCGUUCGAAUUGAAUGAUUACCGUCUGAAUACUUACGGUCACACUGCUGUGAGACUCAAGAACAAGGUAUAUAUCUAUGGAGGGCUGAGCUAUUAUGAGGCGUUCACAGCGCUGUACGAAUACGAUCUGGAUGAAAACACGUUCACCCCUCUGGGAACUGAAGGAGCUCCCGAGAGCCGUCCCGGUUGGUCCCGCAGGCACUGCCCUGCAGUGGAUGGUCACACCGCGUGUGUGAUCGAUGGCUCAAUGUACGUCCUCGGGGGUCACGAUUACAACACGAACAGAGCCUCGAACACUUUCUGGGCAUUGGACCUCGCGGAGAAACAAUGGAGAGAGAUCGAAACCCAAGGAGGCACCACCCCCCGAGUCGAUCACCAUGUGGCGUGGGCGCUCGGCUCGCGUAUGUACGUACACGGCGGAAGGACCCGGGGACAUCUAGAUGAGAGCGACGACGGGGACGAGGAAUUCUGUCCGAUGAUGUUCUACGAUGUCGGGACGAGUUCGUGGCACAAAGUGGAAGAGCGGGGAGACGUCCCGAUUGGUAGAAGUGGUCAUUCGGGUUUCGUACGAGGGAGAAAAUUGUACAUGUUUGGUGGUUUCAACUGCAGAUUGAAAAAACAUUUCGCCGACAUGUACGAAUUCGAUCCAGGUAGGUGGUCACUUCCACGCAGUUGUUCCCAUGUCGCAAAAAGAAUGCGCUCCUGA